AUGAACGACCCUUUCAGCCAUAGGCUUACAGCUAGCCCAAUGACGCCUACCAAACAGCUUCCUGUCAUUCCUCAUGGUCUUAAUACCGGGUAUGCUGGAGCAGGGAAAGUUAAAACUCUAGAGGACCAGUUGGCCUAUGGUCAACAAGAAAUCAAAUCAAAAAAAGAAGAGAUCGCCAGACUCAAGGCUGAAAUUGAGGCGUUGAAGGACCGUAUCAAUAGACAAGAAAUCACUAUACGAAACCAAUCAAAGACGAUCCAAGAUCCCCGUUCUUUGAGGAUGCGUCGCUUAAUGGGUAACGGCCCUCUUUCACACUCCCACAGUCAGCCUUGGCCAUUGCAACAUCCUCACAUGCACCCACCUUACUCUGUGCAACCUAACCUGCAGCCACAAUAUGAUGCUUCUCAGACAAUUCAGGGGCCAUCUUUGGUCCACCAUUCAUCACAUCGGCAAAUGAUGGCCAUGGCAUCCCCUCCAGAAGCAGUACCUCACCCGACUUUCAGAGCUCCUCAACAUUCUCAUGUUCAGAAUGCUCAUGGCAUAACUCAUGCUCAUCACACCUAUCAUGCCCAUAUUGGACCGACUGACGCAGCAUAUACAGCUCCUGAGCAGCAGUAUCUGGACGGUUAUUCGGCAGGAGCAAGGCUGCAGGGCUUAUUUGAGCCACUGCCAGAGCUUAGACGGCCCAGUCUCCAGGCGAUAAAUGCCCAGCGGCCACUCCAUCAGACCAUCAUAAAUUCUGAUGAGCCCCCUCUGGCUGAUACUGUCAUCACUGGUGAUCCAGCCUAUGCUGGCUAUGAGUUUGAGAUGAAAGUGGGUGAGCUAGCGAGUCGCUUCCAAAAGAUCUGGGCAAGUUCAGAGCAUUUUGCAAACACCUACGGAGCAAGCGGCGAGCCUUUGCACCCGAGGCACCUCGCAACACGCCUGAAAGAUCACAUGAUGAUCGAUGCGAGGGCAGAGGUAGCUGUCCAGUUCAUGAACAAUGCGGUGGCUCGACCACUGUACGUCGCCAAGGUCGUGAACUUUUACCUGUGCAAAGACAUACUGAAGUACACUGAAGUUGUCCGCGCCUUCGACCAAGCGAUCGACGCUGAGAUUACCAACCUGAAAAAGAAGAUUUCUCACGACACUCCGGGUUCGGUAAAGUACCUCCUUCUAGGGGCAAUUGCUAAGCAGGUAGUCACGGCACGCGAAAAGCCUGAAUUUGGUGAUUUCUGCCGGAAGUAUCAAGACAACCAUGCGUAUCAGCUUAUGUCGCUACUCGGGCCCCUGCUGUUCCCUGGGGGAGGGAACACUGCUGCACAGGAGCUGCUUAAGCAAGUCGUCAGGGAUACACAUGGGUUGGCGUUAGACAUGUACUCUCUCCCUUACGAGGCCAGAGUUCACUUUCCAGAAAACGAGGAGCCGUACGAUCCGACUAUCAUGCUCAACCUCGACACAGGUUUCGACAUAGCUCGCUCGACUAACGCUAAAGUCAAAAUGUCCGUCACCCCUGCAAUUCGGCUUGGGCAGAACAAGUAUACGCCCGCACGCGUGCGCACUGUGAGUGUUGCGAGUGUGUACACGAAGCUUCCCAACAGUGAAGAAGAAGGCGGCGAGGGACCAGGCAGAACGCCUGGUAGAAUUCCCACUCGCUGAUCUUCUAGCUCGGUUCUUUCUUCUCGUCUCUUCUCAGAUGCAAUCAAGGAUUUUCUUUUCGAAGUGCCGUAAGAACUGUCCAGCGUUUGCUGUCUUGUUAGAUUAUACCCUAGAAUUUUUCCUUUAUGUUUUGCUGUUUUCAGUUCAAACUGCUAUCAGGUGUGUCGGCAUUGUUGGGAUGCAAUUAAUUAGGAUAGGAGUUGGUGAGCUGACAGGUCGGAUUCUAUCGACACAGGCGUUUUGAGUCUUUUUUGAUCGCAAACAAACAGCAGUAAUUCUUUCCAUAGCCAGGCUAGUGCCAUAAUGAAUACAGAUUGAAACCAAACCAACCAGUAUUAGGUAUUGAGGAUUGAGGAUUGAAUAGCAAGAAGGCGCU